AUGCAACAUCACAAUAUAGCUGUCAAGGCAAUUGCCGCUCAGGUCGAGCGUUUCCACCAGCUCCAACGACCGUUCCGCAUCUACCAUGGCUCAACAAACAGCACACGUCAAUCCCAGCAUGGUCCAGAUAAUACAAUCUCAACCGCGGACCUGACCCAUAUUCUGGACGUCAACACGUCCACUCAGACGGCUCUCGUCGAGCCAAAUGUCCCAAUGGACGCCCUCGUUCAGGCCACCGCGGCACACAACCUAGUCCCGUUGGUGGUCAUGGAAUUCCCCGGCAUCACCGUGGGCGGGGGCUUCUCUGGAACGUCUGGAGAGAGCAGCUCAUUCCGGCACGGAUUCUUCGACGCGACAGUAAACUGGAUAGAAUUUAUCCUCCCAAACGGCGAGGUCACCAGAGCGUCGAAGACUGACCGGACAGACCUGUUCUGGGGCGCUGCGUCGGCGUUCGGUACGUUGGGCGUGGUGACCAUGCUCGAGGUGCAGCUGCGCCCCGCCAAGCCGUUCAUAGAGCUGCGGUAUCAUUCCACCUCGAGUAUGGAGGAGGCCAUGCAUGUGUUCCGGACGGUCACAAAUGAUCCCAGCACCGAGUACCUGGACGGAAUUGUCUACGCGCGGGACCACGUCGUCGUCUGCGCGGGGAGAUUAGUCGACAUCCCUCGUACAGCUCCAGUGCGACUAACCAGACCUUGGGAUGAAUGGUACUAUCUGCGUGCCCAGGAUCGUAGUCGCCAGUCUUCAGGCCCAGCACUAGACCAGGCAGCAGUUGACUACAUCCCCCUCAUUGACUACCUCUUCCGUUACGACCGCGGGGCAUUCUGGGUAGGCCGCUACGCCUACAGCUAUUUCUUCGUCCCGUUUAUCUACCUCACUCGUGUCUUACUGGACUGGUUCAUGCACACCCGGGUAAUGUACCAUGCACUGCACGAAAGCGGCCACGCAAAGCGGUACAUCAUCCAAGACGUGGCGGUGCCAUACGCUGGCACAAGCGAAUUCGUCGACUGGCUGGAUGAUAAGGAGAACUUUGGCGCGUACCCAAUCUGGCUGUGUCCAUUGAGACAUGGGCCCGGGGUGAUGGAGCGGACCGCUGCUGCAGCGGAGAAAAGCACCAAAUCCGAGUUCGAAAAGAAGCCCAACGCAACCACGGACGAUGACUACAUUAUGAAUUUCGGUCUAUGGGCGCCCUCGCGCCAUCCAAGUGACCGCUCCGCAUUCCUCGCGCAGAACCGUCGUCUCGAGAGGAGGGUCCUCGAUCUGCAGGGGAAGAAGUGGCUGUAUGCGCAUGCGUACUACACUGAAGACGAGUUCUGGUCCAUCUACGACAAAAAGCAGUAUGAUGCGUUGCGGGAGAAAUACCAUGCGUCCUAUCUGCCAGAUCUGUAUCAGAAGGUGCGUGUAGAUUUGAGCCCGCAACAGGGACCUCAGAAUUGGGUCGAUUGGGUUAAGAGCAUUAUUUGGGAGAUUCGGCCUGUUAGUGGGCUAUAUGGUGUGUACAAAGCGCUGAGGGGAGGAGAGUAUUUCAUCCACAAGAGCAAGACGGCAUGA